AUGUCAACUCUAAAAGCUGCGCGAGCGGAUAACUUCUACUAUGCGCCUGAUGGCGCAGAUUGGUCGGAGCAGCGUCGUCGUAUGCGCAAGACUCCUAAGAAGGCCCGUAACUAUUUCAAAUCGUCUUCGUUAAAGUACGCUGAUAGUGAUCCCAACGUUGUGUUAAGCGAUGAUAAGGCUGCUUUGGGCGGUUUAGCGCCAUUUUAUAGCGGUUCCGGGCGCGGUACUGUCAUCCGAUUUGAGAUGCCCUUUAAGGUCAUUUGUCUGAAGUGCGGUGCUUAUAUUGCCAAGGGUGUCCGUUUUGACGCUGAAAGGAAGGCUAUUGGGAAAUACUUUUCUACAACUAUAUAUGCAUUUCUUAUGAGCUGCCAUCACUGUCAUAACCCUAUCGUGAUACAAACCGACCCUGAGAACACCGAUUACAUUUGCAAGGUAGGAGUACGUACUAAGGUGGAAACGUUUGACACUUCUGAUGCAAAUACCAUUGAACUUGGUCACGAUCAUGCUACUAAGCAGCAGUUGUUAUCAAAUCCACUUUUUAAGUUGGAGUGCAUGGCCCUGGAGGAGGAUGCUGUUGCCAAAAGCGGAGCUGCCACCACCGAUACACCACAAAGUGGGUCUACAUUGGAAUCUAGCCGCAUUCCAAGAGCGUCAUCAUCGAUUGGACCACCGGUAGCUGUGAAUCGUGGCGAGUCGAAGCCUGCAGCACUGGGUGCUGACAGCGCCUCAGCUGCACGUGUGAUUGACGACAAGCUUGAUGAGUUGCUUGCUAUAAACGAGGUGAAUAGUGGUGACUGGUAUCUUUCCAAUUCGGCUUUGCGCAAACGUUUCAGGGAUGAGAAGAAGAACUUAAAAAGAAACCCUAACUUGGGCUUGGAGUUGGUCGCUGAAGAUAAGAGAGAUAUCGAGGAAGCUAAGGGGAUAACCUUUUUAUCGCAAUCUAAACGUAUCCAAUCGCAUUUCAAGCGCAUUUUAAAAAAGGAUUCUGGUAUAUUUUCUCGUACUUGCGCUUCGUCUACGAGCGGAGAUUCUACUAUCGAGGACAAGAGGAAAAGACUGCAGUUCAUCAAACAUAUUGAUUCUCGCCUGAGAAGGCAUAACAGACGUAAAUGUUAG